AUGCAGAUUUCAACCAGAUCAUUUUAUAAAAGGUAUGUGGAGGGCCACGAAGAGGUGCCCCGGACAAGCAGUUACAGAAAAAGAAUACUGCAGUCAGUUGACCAGAGGAGAAAUGAACAGCCAUCCUCAAAAAGACUAAGAGAGACUGCUCUUGAAACACAUCAUGGGGAUUUGUUGUCACAAGAUGAUUAUAUGGGACAAGUCCCCUUUACUUUGGAUGAGACUACAGGGCCUCACAAGCCUGAAAAUGUGCAGCCAAUAUGUGUUGUCCAAGCUUUGAGAAACAGUGAACACAGUGAUGAACCCGAUGAUGUAGUUACAUCUAAAGAGAAUCUUAUGGAUGAGGAACACGGUGAUGAUGAUGGACAAGGAGAUCCGCUUUCUUCAGACUUGGUCCAUGGAAUCCCUGUACGUAUUGGCCCUCCGAACAACCACACUGAGGCAACCACAACAGCACCACGUGAGAUGGUGGAUGAUGUACUUUACCCAGGGGCUUCAAUUACCAAAGGACAAAGUUUACUUCUAUUGAUGGCCUACAUUUUGAGACACAGCCUGACGGGGACAGCACUUGAACACCUCCUCAAAAUAUUUAAUGAAUUGUUCCCAGGAUCUCUGCCAGCAACAUCUUACUUGUUCCAUAAAGCUUAUGGCAAUUUGUCAGACAUCAUUUGA